AUGUAUGUAGGUUAUCUUUUGGAUAAGGACACCAACAUGUAUCCCAGCCCUGUCCGGCAUCCCAGCCUCAACCUCAACCCCCAGAAUUACGUGCCGGGGCCGCCCCAGUACUCGGACUUCGCCGGUUACCACCAUGUGCCUGGGAUUAGCAACGACCCACACCACGGGCAGCCAGCGGCUGCCUGGGGCUCUCCCUACACCCCUGCCAAGGAGGACUGGCAUUCCUAUGGGACCACCGCUGCACCUUCCACUGCCAGCCCGGGGCAGUUUGGAUUCAGCCCCCCAGAUUUUAACCCCAUCCAGCCCCCGGGCUCUGGACUCCUGCCUCCGCCCAUCAGCAGCUCGGUCCCCCAGCUCUCCCCUAAUGCCCAGAGACGCACGCCGUACGAGUGGAUGAGGCGCAGCAUUCCCAGCACCAGCAGCAGCG